AUGACUUCUCAUGUUGAUUAUACUUUGUACUUGGUGACUGACUCGACUAUGAUUCCAGAAGGUUCCACUUUCUUGAAGCAAGUCGAGCAUUCUAUUAAUAAUGGAGCUACAAUGGUUCAGUUGCGUGAAAAAACGUUGCUGACACUUGAUUUCAUCGAACGAGCAUCUCAGGUACAUGAGUUGACUUUAAAAAGAGGCAUACCGCUAAUCAUUAAUGACAGGGUUGAUGUUGCUUUGGCAAUUGAUGCUGAAGGUGUUCAUGUGGGACAAGAUGAUAUGCCUGCAUCAAUUGUUAGAAAAUUGGUAGGACCUAAUAAGAUUGUUGGUGUUAGUUGUUCUUUCCCGAGUGAAGUGGAAGCUGUUUGCAAAGAAGGGCUUGCCGAUUACGUUGGUUUGGGUACAGUUUAUAAAACUAAUACUAAAACAAAUGUGCUGGUUCCACAAGGAACCGGUACAAUAGGUGUUAGGAAGAUGCUUCAGGUUUUGAAGGCACAUAAUGCAGCACAAGUAAACAACUAUAUUAGCAGCGUAGCCAUUGGAGGCAUUAAUGAAAGCAAUGCAUCAAAAGUAUUGUAUCAGUCGGCGAUUCCAGGGCAAUCACUAGAUGGUGUAGCAGUUGUUUCGUGUAUUAUGGCAAGCAAAAAUGCAGCAGAAUCUACUAUCAAACUUGAAAAUGUUAUCAAGUCCUCAGUUCCAUGGGUGAAGGACUUGACCAAUGAAUCCUUAUGUCAAACAACUGAUGUUAAGAUCAAAGCAGUAGUGAGAUCAAAACCCUUAAUCCACCACAUUACUAAUAAUGUUGUCAAAAAUUUUAGUGCCAAUGUGACUUUGUCGAUCGGUGCAUCGCCAAUUAUGUCUGAGCUUCCUGAUGAAUUUGAAGAGUUCACGUCGCUGAUUCCUAAUCUUGCAUUAGUAUUGAAUUUAGGGACGCCGUCGACUAGUCAGAUGGACGUUUUCAAACAUGCAAUCUCUGUUUAUAAUAAGCAUGGAAAGCAUAUAAUAUUUGAUCCAGUAGCUGCUGGUGCCUCAUCUCCAAGACUUGAAUGCUGCAAGGAAUUACUUAAUGCCGGGCAAUUUUCUGUAAUUAAGGGUAAUGUUGGUGAAAUCCUGGCAAUUUGGAAGCUCACUAGUAAGUAUCAAGUUUCGGAGACCGGUAAAAAUGACUUAUUAAUGCGUGGGGUAGAUUCAGUUGCUGAGUUUAAUGAAUCUGAUAUAUUAAGAAUUGGUAAAGAGGUGGCACAGGAUUUCAGAGCAAUUGUCGUCAUUACUGGUGCUAAGAACUUUGUAUUUGAUGGCAUAUGUGUUUCUAAGGACUCUCAAAAUAUUCAUGAUGCUUCUUCCCCAAAUAAUGUUGAUGAUAUAAAGCAUACCCAAAUCAAAGGUGGACAUGAAGUGAUGAGUUCAAUAACCGGUACCGGUUGCUCGUUAGGUAGUACCAUUGCAGCAUUUGUUGCAGCCAAUGCUGAUGGAAAUUCUGGAACAACUUUCAAUAUAUUUGAAGCUGUUGUUGGAGCUGUCGAGUUUUAUAAUAAAUGCGGUUCUGAAGUUGGUCAAGAUGUAACUGGGCCUGGUUCGUUUAUGAUUCGAUUCUUGGAUCGUCUUAAUUACGAGGCACAUGCAAUCAAAUAG